AUGGGGACCCGGGACAUGCCGCUGCCUCGCCUCUACGAGCUCCUCCACGGCCAAGACCGUGACCGCUGGCCGCCGGAGGCCAGGUUCCUCGCGGUCGCGCACCACGGCGACGUCCGCAAAAUCAAGAAGAUCGCGAAGGAGCUGGACGUGCAGGGGCGCGGGAUCCCGGCGACGGUGGCCAGCACCACCUACAUGGGCAUGAACGCGCUCCACGCCGCCGGGGGCCGCGGCAGGCUGCCAGCCUACGAGUACCUCGUCGAGGAGGUCGGGAUGGACGUCGACAAGCCCGACACCGCACAGGCUUUCACACCCGCGGCGCAUGCCGUCACCAACGGCUGCCUUCCCGCCAUCAAGUACCUCGUCAACCACGGCGCUGAUGUGCGUCAGCAACGUUCAAAGGGGAACAUCACUCUUCUGCAUACAGCUGCACUUCUUGGGUACUCUGAAAUAGUAGAGUUUCUUCUCUCUAGAGGAGCUGAUGUUGAUGCAAUAUCCGAUCUUGGGACACCUCUCGCGGUUGCUGCUCUUAGAGGAUAUGCUAGUAUUGUCAAGAUCCUUUUGCAGAACAAUGCAGAUCCCAACAAGGCUUCUUGUCAGUUUGGACCUUUGACAUUGGCGUUACAAAAAUCUUCUGUGUCCUGUAUGAAGCUAUUAAUUCAGGGUGGAACUAAAGUGAGCUGUGAUAAUCCUUUUGAUAAUCCAUUGGUAAAGGCUGCUGAGAAGGGCUUAACUGAAGCUAUCAGGUGCUUGUUGGAAGCUGGUGCAAACCCAAAUGUUCAUGACACGUUUGGUAGAUUACCAAUAGAGUUGGCUGCUGAGUAUGGUACACGGGAAGAUGUUGAGAUUCUCUUUCCUUUCACCUCUCCCAUUUCAACUGUGGAAAAAUGGAGCGUCGAUGGAAUCAUUAGUCAUGUGAAGAUGGAAAUCAAGCAACUUGAGGAUGGUAAUUUUGUGAAAAAGAGGAUGUCUGACCUGAAACGACAAGCGGAUGAAGCAUUCAAGAAGCAGGAUUAUCCAAAUGCAUCAUUGCUCUAUACACAGGCACUGAAGAUGGAUAACUUUGACGCGAAGCUGUUAUCAAACAGGAGCCUGUGCUGGCUUCGCAUGGGUGAUGGACAGAGGGCUUUUGAUGACGCGGCUAAAUGCAAAAGGCUGCGCCCGAAGUGGGCAAAGGCUCACUAUCGUCAAGGAGCUGCUCUGAUGUUCACGAAGGAGUAUGAUGGAGCUUAUAGCGCACUCUCACGUGCCUUAGAGUUGGACCCUGAAAGCGAGGAGAUUGAGAAAUUGUUCUGGGAGGCGAUGGAACUGAGGUGAUUACGCCCUCUGCAUGCUAACAGCU